GUUGUUUAUUGUCGGGACUGCAAAUUACAGUGAUCAGUCAGCGGAGACCCAAUAAUCCUACUCAAUCUCCUACAUGCCUCCCAAAGCUCACCGCGCUGGCGCAACGGGCCUCCCUCGUACACACUCCCGUUCAUCAUCAGGGGGCUCCUCCAAAGCAGCACUGAACCUUCACUUUACGCAGAAAGAUCCUGCUCCACCGAAGCAAGUCGAAAGAACGAAGAAAAACGGCCUAGUUCAUGACCCGCAUUCAAGAAAUACUUCGCCGUAUCCUCCUCGAGUGAAUAGCUCGACACGUCUUGCUUCAAGGGAGCAGCUACCAGUUCAAGCACAGCGGCAUGUGCCUCCCUCAAACCAGCGGCAGACAACUGGCAAACCUAAAGCUGGAUUUACUAUCGCUAGCCAAAGUGCGGAUGAAGACGAGGAGUGGGUCUCUAGCGAGAGUGGGGCAGCGACUCCGAGCAGUGUGAGUUCUGACAGUGGCAGGUCCCGGACACCGGUCGAGACGCACAAACAUGCGCUCCCCGCGGCCCCGCCCAUUGAUGAACUCAUACAUCGACCAGAAACUCCAAGAGCACAACCGCCCUCUAUGUCACGGGUGCCUACCAUCCGUCCCCCCGAGGCACCGGCUCGAACGUUAUCAGUUGUAGCUGUGUCAGCUGCGCAUAUAUCACCUGCUCCAGCACUAGCCACAUCCAGGCAUCAUGUGAAACAAUCUAAUAUUUCUCAGCACCCUUCUCCUGAGCGCCGUAUCAUGGAGACUCGCUCGGAGAACACCUCGCCUAUUCAUCGCUCACGUCCAAACAAGCGUCAGUCAGUCACGCGUCCGCCAUCUACUCAUUCGACAACAAGUAGAAAUGAUGCACCAUUACGCCCACAUCCACUUAUCCGAGGUCAGUCAUAUGGCCAUGCAGCUCCAGUGACACCACGUAUGGUGCCUCUCGUUCCACUCACCAUCACAUCUGAAGCCGCUCCAGCGCACAUAUCCACCACCCAGAUCUAUGAUGCGGAGGAUAGAAUGUGCACUUCGCCGUCGAGUAUCAAGACUACAUGUGCUCCACCACCUAACCGCAAAGCAUCAAUAUCAUCUGCACGUUCGGUGGUCACUCUUCCAGCUGAAGCACAUAUCCAACCACUCCAUUUCAAGGCCGUACACGACCGCACUCGCACCUUGUCGUCCAUGUCAUCAACUUCAUCGAGCUCUGUACAAGCGUUGUCAUCACUUGCACAACUUCCCACCACCCGUCCGUCAACGCCGCAAUAUGCCUCGCAUUUCCCUGCAGCUAGUCUGUACACCAACCUUGAAACUGUGCACCCGUUACUUCCACCACCGUACCUUAGUGCACACGUGUCCAUCCUUGCGCACCGAAGUCCGUUGAGGGAGUCGUACGAUAGAGUUAUUGUCGCCAAGGAGCAACAACGACGCGGAGAGAGUGUUUGAGGCGCCCAUACCGGUGCUUUUGAAUCUUAGCUGGUCGGUGGAAUAUCUAUACAUACCAUUAUUGUCAAUUCUUUCAUCGUUGAACCCGACUUGUGUACCAUUAUGGAUAAUUCAAUACCAUUCACUGUCCCAGUGCUAUCGGCGUUUCAUUUCUCCACAGAGUUAUGGCUACGUUUACUGUCCAGAUGAUUUCCUGCCAUUGCGAUGGCCUUGAACCUGAAUACUUUUAGUAUUACAAGACAAUCUGACGUUUAUAUAGAACGCUUGACCAUAGUUCUCUCCCUCGAAGAUAACAUUAAUAUAGACUUUGUGACUUCAAUAAUGUGACGUGUCAGUCACGCGGCUUGCGUUCAUGAA